AUGAGUGAAUAUAAUGCAGAUAUUCAACAAGAUGAAUGUGAUGAAUCAAUCAAAGGUGAUGAUAUUGAUGAUAUAUUUGAUGAUCUAAAUACAAUAGAUGAUUCUGAAGAAGAUCAUCGUCUUAUUACUGUUGGUAUAUGCGCACAAUGGAAAAAAGUUAAAGCAAAACCAAUGGAAGAAAUUUUACAACGUUUAGAACGAUUUGAAUUUCUUCGUAUAAUUAUUUUUUCUGAAACAACUAUACAUGAAAAACCUAUUGAAGAAUGGCCAUUUUGUCAUGUUUUAAUUAGUUUUCAUAGUAAAGGUUUUCCACUUGCUAAAACACAAGAAUAUGCACGUCUUCAUCAACCAUUUCUUAUUAAUGAUCUUGAUAAACAAUGGGAUAUUAUGGAUCGUAUUAAAGUACAUGAAAUACUUGAUGAUACAGGUAUUCCACAACCACGUUUUGGUGUACUUAGAAGACGUAUGAAUGAUGAUGGUACAUGGACAACAUUAGUGAAUGUUAUUGAACAAGAUGAUCAUAUUGAAAUUGAUGGUGAAAUAUUUCAUAAACCAUUUGUAGAAAAACCAGUAUCAGCUGAAAAUCAUGAUGUUUAUAUUUAUUUUCCAUCAUCAGCUGGUGGAGGAUCACAAAGAUUAUUUCGUAAGAUUGGUAGUCGAAGUAGUGUAUACACAGCGGAGAAUAGUAUUCGUAAAGAUGGUUCAUAUAUUUAUGAAGAAUUUAUGCCAACUGAUGGAACAGAUGUUAAAGUAUAUACUGUAGGUGCUGAAUAUGCACAUGCUGAAGCUAGAAAGUCACCUGGACUUGAUGGUAAAGUUGAACGUGAUGAAUUUGGUAAAGAAGUACGUUAUCCAGUUAUAUUACGUGCUGAUGAAAAAUUGAUUGCAAUGAAAAUAUGUUUAGCAUUUAAACAAACUGUAUGUGGUUUUGAUUUACUUCGUGUUGAAGGAAAAUCCUUUGUAUGUGAUGUUAAUGGUUUUAGUUUUGUUAAAAAUAGUACAAAAUAUUAUGAUGAUUGUGCUUCUAUUCUUGCGCAUAUGAUUAUGCGUGAACUUGCACCAACAUUAUCUAUUCCUUAUCCAUUAGCUUAUCAACCAGAAGAUCCACCUUUUGUACCGACUGCUUUUGGUACAAGAAUGGAACUUCGAUGUGUUAUUGCUGUUAUUCGACAUGGUGAUCGAACACCAAAACAAAAAAUGAAAAUGGUUGUUUUACAUCCAUUAUUUUUUCAAUUAUUUGAAAAAUAUAAUGGUCCAAAAAAUGGUCAUCUGAAAUUAAAACAUCCCGGUCAACUUCAAGAAGUUCUUGAUAUUGCUCGAACAUUACUCAAAGAAUUAGAUGAUAAUCGAAUAGCUAAAUUUCCAAAUUCAUCUGAAACAAAAGGAAAAUUACUUCAACUUAAACAAGUACUUGAAUUAUACGGUCAUUUUUCUGGUAUUAAUCGUAAAAUUCAAUUAAAAUAUUUAUCAAAAGGUCCACAAAAAAAAUCUACUAGUGAAAAUGAAACUGAUGAUAUACCAAGUCACCCAUCAUUACUCUUAGUUGUUAAAUGGGGUGGACAAUUAACUCAAACAGGUAAAAAUCAAGCUGAAUCACUUGGCAAAUCAUUUCGUAAAAUGUAUCCUGGUGGUCAAAAUGCCGGUGGUGAUCGACCUGAUGUUGGUCUUCUACGUUUACAUUCAACAUUUCGACAUGAUUUAAAAAUCUAUGCAUCUGAUGAAGGUCGUGUACAAAUGACAGCUGCUGCAUUUGCAAAAGGAUUAUUAGCACUUGAUGGUGAAUUAGCACCAAUACUUGUUCAAAUGGUUAAAAGUGCUAAUACAAAUGGUUUACUUGAUCAUGAUGUUGAUUCAACAAAGGAACAAGAAAAACUUAAACAAACUUUACAUGAAAUUUUAGCAAAAGAUCGACAAUUUACACAAGAAGAUUAUGAUAAAAUAGCACCAACUCGUACACGUUCAUUGAUUACAUCAAUGGAUUUUAUUAAAAAUCCAGUUGUUAUAUGUCGAAAAAUUUUUGAAUAUAUUCAUGAAAUGACUGUACUUAUUCGAACACAUUUACUUAAUGGCGGAACAGAUACACUCUAUCAUUCUGAAACAUGGGAUUUAUGUUUAAGACGAUGGUUAAAAUUAGAAAAAGAUUUUUAUAAUAUACAAAAAGAUAAAUUUAAUAUAUCAAAAGUUCCUGAUAUAUAUGAUUCAAUAAAAUAUGAUUUACUUCAUAAUAAAAAUCUUCUUCAAUUUCCACAUGGUGAAGAUUUAUAUGUAUGUUCAAAAGCAUUAGCUGAUAUUGUUGUACCACAAGAAUAUGGAAUGACAAUUGAAGAAAAAUUAAGUAUUGCUCGAGGAAUUGUUACACCACUACUUCGAAAAAUUCGAGCAGAUCUUCAAUGUAAUCUAACUGGUGUUUUAACUCAUGAUGAACAUGUUAAUAAAUUAGAUCCAAGCUAUUCAAAAGGUAUUCAAUCACCAGGUCGACAUGUUCGUACCCGAUUAUAUUUUACAAGUGAAUCUCAUGUACAUUCACUUCUAACAAUAAUACGUUAUGGUGGUUUAUUAAAUGCAUCAACUGAUGAACAAUGGAAACGUUCAGUAGAUUAUCUUGAUGCAGUUUCAGAAUUAGAUUAUUUAACACAAAUUGUUAUUAUGUUAUAUGAAGAUUCAAGUGAAGAAGAAAUAUCUGAAAAACGUUUUCAUGUUGAAUUACAUUUUUCACCUGGUGCUUAUGGUUGUUUUGGUGUACCAUCUGAAAUUGAUCGAGUUACUUCCGAUGUUAAUACUAUUCGUACAGUUUUACCAAAAAGUACACGAGAAGCAGCUCAUAGUCCACCACGACAACAUACAAAUUCACCAAUAUUAGAUUCAUCAUCAGAAACAAAUACUAUACCAAUAACACAAUCAACAAAUCAAAUACCUACAAUUGUUACUGUUGAUUGUACUCCUUCAAUUAUAAAUACAGAAAAAACAAAAGCAAAAAAUAUUACAGAACCAAUGUCUUUGAAAACUCAUCAUAGAAAUAGUGAGGGAAAAAUAGCACUUGAUACAUCGGAAUCAAAUGAUUUUGAUCAAAUACAUUCAGCGUCUGCACCACGUUCAACUAAUUAUGAUAAUUAUCUUUUAAAACCAAAAUCACUUGAACAUAGUGAUUUAAAAUUAGAACCUAAUAUAUACUUUUUAAAAAGGCAAGACUUAACGCUACAACAGUCCGAAUCAUCUUCUUCAUUUCCUAAUGAUAUACGUCGCAAAUCAAAUGCAACACUUGGUCUUUGUUCAUCGAAAGCUCAUCAUCGAUCUUGUUUAUUAACUAGUCUUGAACUUUUACGUCGAAAUUCGGAAUCAAUAUUAACACAUAAUUAUUAUAAUACAAUUCAUGGUGUUUUACCAGACAAAAGAAAAUUUAAUUAUGUUCCUUUAACUAGUAUAUUCAGUACAAGAGUAAUUACUGGUGCAAAAUCAACACCCGAUCUUAAUAAAUUACUCGAACGAAAACAAGCAGGACUCGUUUAUUCAGAAACUUCGGUUGUUGCUCCAUUAGAAACUUUAACUACAAAUUUAAAUUAUAAAAUUCUUGAUGAAUUUAUUGGUAAAAUGACUGAUUUAACAUCGAAAUUUUUAUUAAAUACUAAUACUUCUAUUACAUUACCACCAUUUAUAUUAACUUCAGACGUACCAACAAAUCGUUUUAGUAUCGUAUCUGUUGAUAAUAAUAAUGGUAUAUAUGGUAAUGAUAAGAAACCACGUAUUGGUUUUAUUAAACUAACGCAAUAUUCAAUAAAUACAAUCAAUGAACUACCAGAAAAAUCUUUGGAUGAAGAACGAUAA